AUGCACUCAAGAACUUCUAGUUUAUCUUCCAUCACUGAAUUGUUUCGACCGAACAAUCCUAAACGACUGCGAUCAAGAGAUUUGAGUAGUACUCGUUUGAACGCAUUGAAAAAGGAGAUUGAAACUGACGCCCAUCUUAUUCCAUUGAAAAACCUUUACAGCCUACUGGGAACGGAUCCAAUAAAAGGAUUGACGAGUGCUAAAGCAUCGGAGCUCUUACAAUAUUACGGCCCUAACACGCUGACACCUACCACACAGUUCAGAUGGCCAAAAAUGUUGUUCAAAAGUUUGUUUACUGGUUUUUCGAUAUUAAUUUGGCUUGGAGCGUUGCUCUGCUUACUUGCCUACGUUAUAGAAUCUUCAACGAAGGCUCGUCCAAGUAAAGACAAUUUAUAUUUGGGAUGUGUGUUGGUUGCCGUCGACGUAAUCUGUGGCCUUUUCAGUUUUUUUCAAAAUUUUAAAAGUUCAAAGAUAUUGAAGAUAUUCAAUAAUAUGAUCCCAAUGUCCACGCACUGCAUUCGUGAUGGAGUGUGGAACCCGGCGAUGCCGGUGGCACAUUUGGUUAAAGGGGACAUUGUUCAAGUGAAGUCCGGUGACAUUAUUCCGGCGGACAUUCGAAUUAUUGAAAGCAAAGGAUUCAAAGUUGAUAAUUCGUCGUUAACUGGAGAAUGCAUAGCUGUGUCACGGUCGAACACAGAAGGAUCGCCAAAUAUUUUAGAAUCACUUAAUGUUGCUUUUUUCUCGACACUGUGCGUGGAAGGAUGGGCAUUUGGUGUGGUCCUUUGUUGCGGAGAUUUGACAGCCCUAGGUCGGGUUGCAGGGUUGGCAGCUCGAUUGCAACCUGCGCCUUCGCCUCUAUCUAGAGAAAUUAGUCGUUUUAUGCGUUGCAUGUCUGUCUUUGCUUUGUGCCUGGGAAUAGUAAUAGCUAUCGCUUCAACAAUACUCGGAUAUCCUUUCAUACAGACGACAAUAUUUGUGAUCGGCAUUAUUGUCGCUAAUAUUCCUGAAGGAUUGCAGCCCACAGUGACUGCCUCAUUAACGUUAACAGCACAGCGUAUGGUUAAGAAAAACUGUCUUGUAAAGAACCUAGAAGCUAUCGAAGCUUUAGGAGCCGUUACCACAAUUUGCUCAGAUAAAACCGGGACACUUACUAAAAAUAAAAUGUGUAUCCUCCAUAUUUGGAUUUGGAAUCGAACGUAUUCAAUACAGGAUCCUGAUUUUGAAACUAUAGCAGCCUUAAAAAUAUGUGGAGCUUUAUGUAGCACCGCAACAAUUGCACCCAAUGGCGAUAUACACGGUGAUGCGUCAGAAACGGCAAUCCUACAUUUUCUCUGUACUUAUGAUGACCCAGUGACAGUGAGGAGCAACUUUCCGAAGAUUGCAGAAAUCCCAUUCAACUCUAUUAAUAAAUAUCAAGCCAGCGUGCAUUUAGAUAAAAAAUUGUCAAGAUAUCUGGUCGUGAUGAAGGGUGCACCUGAAUUCAUUUUACUACGUUGUACGUCAGUUGCUUUGGGAGAUAAAGAUAAAAAGAUUACUAAAGAAGUCAAGGAAGCUGCAGAUAAAGCCGUUGAAGAUCUCGCAAACGCCGGUGAAAGAGUUCUAGCCUUUGCUGACUUAACUUUGGAUCCAAAUGAAUAUCCAAUGGACUACGAUUUUGAUACUGAAGAAAUAAAUUUUCCAUUAGAGGGUUUACGGUUAAUCGGCAUUAUUGGAUUGAAAGAUCCACCAAGAGAGGAGGUUAAAAACGCAAUAGAGCGUGUACGUGCUGCAGGUGUUCGCGUGAUGAUGGUUACCGGCGACCAUCCGGCAACAGCGAAGGCCAUAGCGGUGGAGGUGGGCAUAGCUGCGGCUGCCACCUGCCACGUGGUUACAGGCAACGAUUUAAGAAAUAUGAAUCCUGACCUUCUUUAUUUAACUCUUGAGAAGCAUUAUGAAAUAGUAUUUGCGCGGACGUCUCCAACACAAAAGUUACAAAUAGUGGAGGCGUGCCAGCGACACGGCAGUGUAGUGGCAGUCACUGGUGACGGAGUAAAUGAUGCGCCAGCGCUGAGACGAGCUGAUAUUGGUAUUUCUAUGGGUAUAACUGGUUCACAGGUAUCAAAACAAACAGCGGAUAUUAUUUUAAUGGAUGACAAUUUUGCCACUAUAGUAAUGGGGAUUGAAGAGGGUCGCAAAAUAUUUGACAACCUUAAGAAAUCCGUGUGCUACAUAUUAAUAUCAAACGUGCCGGAAAUUCUACCCGUUUUUAUGUUUAUAUUGUUUUCCUUACCGUUGCCAUUAGGAGUAAUGACGAUAUUAUGCGUGGACCUUGGUACUGAUAUGUGGCCAGCCGUAUCUUUGUCAUAUGAACAAGCAGAAUCCGAUGUAAUGAAGCGCCCUCCACGGCACUCGGACCCCCUUGUCUCCUCACGCAUGAUGAUACUCGUGUACGGCCACCUAGGUCUCAUCGAAUUCGCUUCUGGAAUGUUCGCUUAUUUCACUGUAAUGGCGGAACAUGGAUUUUAUCCCGCAGAUCUAUUCGGAAUCAGACAACGUUGGGAUAAUGAAGCUGUAAGCGACUUACGGGACUCUUUAGGACAGGAGUGGACUUACGCGGAGCGUAAAGAGUUGGAGCGCGCGUGUCAGGCGACGUACUUUGUUGCGGUUGUCGUCACUCAAAUGAUGAAUGGUGUUAUAUGCAAAACUAGAUAUAAUUCGAUACUAGACGUUGGUAUGAAAAAUAAAGUGUUGAAUUAUGGACUAGUAUUCGAACUAGCACUGGCUUGUGUUCUUUGCUAUGUUCCAGUGCUUAACGACUUUUUUUGCACGUACCCGUUGCGUUUUCAAUGGUGGUUUUUAGCGAUUCCAUUCCCUGUACUUUUAUUAUCUUUUGACGAAUUUCGUAAAUACUGCAUUAGAAGAGAGCGUUUUGGAAGAUGGUACAAUAAGCUCACAUACUACUAA